GAUGUUUUUAUCGUCUGACACUUUCAACACAAUUGAUUUAAUACCAUUGUCUCUAAAGAACUUUUAUCUUUUCACUUUUCACUUUCAAAAUCAACUUAUCAUCCAUGACGACUCUGAAGUUCUCAAAAUGGAGCUGAGCAAGAGCUGUCAUAUGGAAAAUGGUCAAGGCCCUUACGAAGAAAACGAUGAUUCAGUGUCUGAUUUUGCUCGUACAGGAAGCCAUAUAGAUCGACAAGAACAUUACAUUUAUCAAGAGGCAGCUAUAUAUUUAGAGAAAGGAGAAGCCAAUGAAAAGUAUCAUGAAUUCAAUGACCAUCUGGACAGAAGUCGUUUUAUGUGUUAUCUAAUUGUUCACACAACAUUUUAUAAAAUUGUGGAUAUUUUGUCAUCAGUGGGGCUACUUGCACUUGCAGCAUUUGAACCACCAGCAAUUUUUCAAAUGUCUAUUGAAAUAUGGGUUCAUGGAGUCCUUGAGAUUGUCUUUCUUUUGUUAGUGUUCAGUGUAUUUGCCGUCAAGAUUAAAUGGCAAGGAAUUAAGUAUUCCAAGACUCAUAAACGUACUAUUUUUAAGUUUCUCUUCAUUGUGAUCAUGACAGUUGAAGUAAUUGUUGUUAUGAUAAGAAAUGACUCACAUUUUCGAGUAACUAGAGCACUACGUCCAUUGUUUCUUCUUGACACUUACUAUUUUGGUGGAGUGCGCAGAGUUUUGCGUGCUAUACUAAAGUCGAUGAUUCCAGUUUUGGACAUUUUUGCUUUACUCUUCUUCUUUAUGAUUAUAUUUUCCAUUCUUGGUUUUUACUUUUUUUCAACUAAUGAAGAUGACACAAAUUUCAGUACAAUUCAUGAAAGUUUUGUCAGUCUAUUUGUACUUGUAACAACUGCCAAUUUUCCUGAUGUGAUGAUGCCAGCGUACCAUAGAAACAAAGGAUCUGUUUUUUUCGUUAUCUACAUAUCCAUUGCGCUGUAUUUUCUAAUGAAUCUUGUUCUUGCGACAGUCUACUCAACAUUCUCAUUGAAAAAUAAAAAGAAAUUUACCAGACUUUACUUUCACAAACAGGAAGGUGCAAGACUUGCGUAUAACAAGAUUAAACAUCCUAUGGAUGAAGGUGGCAUUGAUUUCGUCAAAUUUCGUCGACUAAUGAAGUAUUUUAAACCUAGAAUGUCAACUUUGAGGAAAAAACUCGUGUUUAAACAUCUCGAUAAAGGAAACACUGGAAAGCUAAAUCUGGAAGAAUUUCGUGAUAUUUAUGGCGUAACUAAACUUUCAUGGCAUUGUACGACAAAUGGCACGUGGUUUGAGCAAUACCGUCUACCAUUUUGGCUUCGUAAAAUAUUGAAAUGUGUUCAUCUUGUUGUCACAAAAAAAUUUAAGGAUUAUUUCUUCACGUUGUUCGACGUAUUUAUAUUUGCUGUCAUUUGUGUUAAUGGUUGUAUUGUCAUCGUACAAGUCAUUAUACAGUCAAACAAGGAACCAUCUAAACGAAAUCUUAGUACAGUAGAUUGGUACUCUCAUGUUUUCACUUCAAUUUAUGCUGUUGAGGCUGUAAUGAAGUUACUUGCUUUUGGUAUUCGUGAUUAUUUCGAAUCAUUUUGGAAUUGGUUUGAUUUAUUGGUAACUAUACUCAACGUUCUGGGAAGUUUUGAUACAGGUUUAACUUUUGCCAUCUACCUUCGACCAAUAAGAUUAUUAUUACUGUUCAAACUUCGCAAAAGUUAUCGUGUCAUCUUUGACAGCUUAAGAAUUCUUUUACCAAGUUUGGUGAACUUAGGUAUAGUCAUUUUAAUGUUUUAUUAUUUUUUUGCCAUCGUCGGAAUGGAACUAUUUGCUGGGGUUGAUUUAAAAUCUUGCUGCAGAAACAAUUCCAAUCUGAAUGAAUAUCAGGAAAAUGGAUAUUACUAUUUAAAUAACUUCGACGAUCUUUUUCGUUCUUUCGUGACUCUUUUCGAGUUAACUGUGGUCAACAAUUGGCAUGUCAUCAUGGACAGUUUUGCACUUGCUACAACGGAAUGGAGUCGUAUGUUUUUCAUGAUAUUUUACGUCGUUAUUUUGGUUGUAAUGACGAUCGUUGUUGCGUUUAUCUUGGAUGCGUUUACUUUUUCUAUUGAUUUUCAAAAGAAACAUAAGAACAAGCCGAGAAAUCAACAUAAGAUUACGUGUGAAAUACGCCUCUCUAAACAGGAAUUAGACAAUGUCGAUACUCGUUAUUCCAGAUUAGAAUCGGAAACAUUUACAUUUGUCGGAAAACGUAUUUUGACUCGUGAUGAUCUGUAUGAAGAAAUGUACAGUGAUGAACUAAAGGAAAACUGCCACAAAUCUGAGGAGACGAUAGACACCCAGCUGUCAUUGCGUGGCUCAAUUAACACCGACGAAUUUCCCUCUGUUUCCCAUGGCGAGGAACACGCUUGACAAAUUAUCACUUUUUUAUGUAAAAUGCUUCUUUUAAAGCAAGCAUCUAAUUAGUAAUUUUCAAAUAUUUAAUAUGAUGAGUUAUUUUUGCAAUUUAAUAUAAUGAUAUGUACUUAAUUAUGUAAUAAAUUAUACUCAAUAAAAUAUUUAAUGUAAUAAGUUAUAGGUUAACUGUAACUGCAGAAGUGUAUUGUUUGACAUUUAGAAUUCACAUAAGACAUUAAUUUUUAUAACUAAACUUUCCAUAAAUUUUGCUUUAAUGACUAUUAUGUAAUACCUAUAAUUAAUGAGGGUCUUGAAAUUGGUAAAGUUAAAAAACGUGUAAUGAAAUUGAUAAAUUCAAUAGCAAACAACUAUAUUUUUUUCAUGUUUA